UUCAUAAAAGUUCUCAAAUUCCCAAAUUUUUAGAAACGUAAAGCUUGAAUUCUCGCGAGCGAUUUCUUGUAUGGAAUCCGUUUAAUCGACAAACCGUCUCAGCUAUUUAGUGUUGAAUUUCUAUUUUCACGAAUACAGUUUUUUUUUUUUUUUUUUAUCUCGAAGCUGUAUUCCCGGAUCCGGCCAUUUCUGAUUCCCAACCUCUUUUAUUUUUGUAGUUUUAUAUUUCUUGGGGUUCCUCGACCUUCGAAAGAAUCUGGAAUUUUACAUGUGUUAGUGACAAAUAUAUCAUAUAUUAACUCGAUCGAAAUUAUAGUUUCUGAUCUAUUCCCUGAUUUCUACAAUCAAUUUUUUGAUAAGAAAAGUUGAAUCGAUCAACUGAAAUGAACGACCAAGCAGGAAUGAUGAACCAGCAGCAGCUGAUGAAUAUGAAUCGGAAUAUGUUGAAUAUGCCGCAGCCGCCAAUUGUUCCGAUGAAUCGGAGCUACGGGAUGUGGGGGCAGCCGCAGCAGUUUCCAAACCCCAAUCUGAGCUCCGACGCCAUGAAACCUCCCCCUCCGGCCUUCAGCAAUCCGUUAGUUCAUCGGCGCAAUUGGAAGGGGAAAAGGGUACAUAAACCGAUUGAUAAAUGGAGGAUGGAGCAGCAGUCGUUAGCAAGCUCCGGUGGAAUUGGGGGCGGCGUUGGUGGGAGUUCGAAUUUUAGGAAUUAUAACCCUCCCACAUUGAAUGAGCUGCAACAUCAGAAUUGGCUGAAGACACGGAAAACUUUCACAAAAAAGAAGUCGAACAAGAAUAUGGCUGGUAACGGUGGCAGGUCCGCCCCAUUUGCACCUAGGAACACCACUUCAUUUCUGAUUAGAGCGAAGAAAAGUGGAGGGAUAGCACCGGUGGUUUCUCCAUUCCCGGCUACUCCGUCUGUUUUGCCGACCCCAAUCUUGUCCCCUUCCACUGAAGUUUUGGGGAACAUGGCGAAGGAGGAGUGGGGAGUGGAUGGCUAUGGCUCGAUGAAGGGUUUGAUAAGGCUGAGAUCUCUCGGGAAUGAAGACGAGGAGGAAGAUGGGGGCGGGUCGAGUGAGAGCGACAUGGAAGAGCAUGUUGAGGUAGAGAGGAGGCUAGAUCAUGAUUUGAGUAGGUUUGAGAUGCUCUAUGAUCCAAAUAGUAGCAAUGCUGUUGGUGGGAUGGAGCAUCACAAUAUUUUAGAAAAUCGGGUCGAUGAUCAAGAUAGUCACAUUGCACAGCUGGAGGAGGAGAAUUUGAAUCUCAAGGAGAGGCUGUUCUUGAUGGAGGGGGAGAUGGGUGAUCUGAGAAGGAGGCUGCUGUUGCUGGAAAGGCAGGGAGGGCGAGGAGACGACGCUGGUGAGGAGGUUGUUGAGAAUGUGUCUGAAAAUGGGACAGAGUUCAAUGAUGAGAACACACAUUCAACAGGGGAGAAUGAUGAGAAUCUGUGUGGGAGAAAUGAUGAGGAAGGUGUAUUUGAUGGUGGAUUGGAAGCUGAAGCAGUAGAAACUACAGAGGGAUUUUGUGUAGAAGAAAGUGGAGAUGAAAGGAUCAAGAUGAGUAAUAAAGAUGAUGAUAUUAAUAGCAAUGAAUUUAGUGAAGCAGAUGGAUCUGAUGGCGAUGAAGCUUGCAAACUAGUGGUUGAAACUGUGAAUUGUGUGUUAGAGAGUGAAGUGGCUAAACUUGGUAGUUAGGUUAUGCUUUGCUUUUCAUUGCCAUGGUUUAAAUCAAUGUGUGAUUAGGUUUUAAUUGGAGGGUUUGGCUGCCUAAUUUUCUCCACACUCUUGUUUAUAAUGAAAUUUUACUGCCCAAGUAUUCAGUUCA